AUGCGCUUUGAAGUGCAGAAGGGAUCUCCGCAAUCGGGCUCGAACGAGUCCGCGUACCUGCUGACCCUGGCUAGGAGGAACAAGAACAAGAAGACCACGUACCGUGGUCAGCGGAGAGCGGUGGCGGCGGCGGCCAUCUUGAAGACCUCGUUUCCCUCCCAGGACUCGAAGCGCGAAUGCGGAACCAGCACUGUAGCUCACAUGGCUGCCAAGAAUUCCGGGUCACAUGCGGACACUGAGCGCGCGAGGAACAUCGGCGGUGGGACCAACAGCGACCAUGGACGUCACCAGCAGGGGCGACCAAUCGGCAGGCAGCAACUCCGGUCGCCGUCGGUUCCCCCUUCUCCAGCGGCGAUGGGACGCGCUACCGACAGCCAGGAGUCGCUGCGAUCGUGCCACAAAGUGUUAACGUCUGUCGUCCACGUGCUCGCAGGAGUCGGCAGCGAACACGGUUUCCGGCACUUGUUCGACAGCUGCGCCCACUGCGACUGGAUCUGGAAGGGCGACGCCUGCGACAUCUUCUACAGGGAGCUGGCCGAGUCCCAGACGGAGAGCAUCACGUACGAGUUGGCCUCGCGUCCGGACCCGGGCCUGUUCGCGCGGUUCUUCGCCGACAAGGGCUACCAGAAGGGACGAGCCGUGCAAGACUCUGACAAGACCGCGGCUGCCUCGUCGUCGUCUCCGACGAGAGGGACGUGGGCGUCGGACGCUGACUGGAGGGCCCAGAUCUCGAACCUCGCAACGCACGAGAAGAGGACCCGCAAGUCAGCCAAGAUGCUGCUGGCGCAGCAGGCGCUCAACCGGCUGCGUCACUGGACGUCAGGGCACCACCACCACCACCACGCGAUGACCACCGACAACGGAGGCUCUCCACUUAGGCAAGACCUCAUGGACGACGCCAAGUCGACAGAGGAGGCCAAGACACUCCUACGAAGGCCCCGCGAGGAGGACUGCUCCGAGGUGCGAAAGCGCACGGUGCCGCUACGUAGUUAA